UUGCAGCAGGCAGCCGCGGGGUCCUAUCUGGCCCCUGCCCACGGCAGUUCCUUGGGUCCUCGGUUUCCGUCUGUCUUUACCACAGUUUCCUUUUUUGUGUAAAUCACGAUUCCUGACAUAACCUUAUCAUCAGGGGUUGGUUGUGGGAGUGAGACAUAAUUGCUAUCAUUUGUUUAUCGAACAGUCUUAAUUAUUUUGCUUCGAUGAUUUCACGUCAUCUUCAAAACAACCUUAUGAGUGUGGACCCAGUCAGCAGCCAAGCCAUGGAGCUCUCUGAUGUCACCCUCAUUGAGGGUGUGGGUAAUGAGGUGAUGGUGGUGGCAGGUGUGGUGGUGCUGAUUCUAGCCUUGGUCCUAGCCUGGCUCUCUACCUACGUAGCAGACAGCAGUAACAACCAAUUGCUGGGCACCAUUGUGUCAGCAGGCGACACAUCUGUUCUCCACCUGGGGCAUGUGGACCAGCUGGUAAGCCAAGGCACUCCAGAACCAACUGAACUCCCCCAUCCAUCAGAAGGGACUGAUGAGAAGGCUGAAGAGACCAGUGACACUGGGGGAGACUCCACUGGGGAACCUGGAGCUAGGGGAGAUACAGAGCCCAGCCUUGAGCAUCUUCUGGAUAUCCAAGGUGUACCUAAAAGACAAGCAGGCCUGGAGAGCAGCCGUCCAGAAGCUUCACUGGGAUUGGAUGAUAGCACCUGCCUCUCUCCCAGCCCCAGCCUCAUCAAUGUUCGGCUCAAGUUCCUCAAUGAUACUGAGGAGCUAGCUGUGGCCAGGCCAGAGGACACUGUGGGUACCCUAAAGAGCAAAUAUUUCCCUGGACAAGAGAGCCAGAUGAAGCUGAUCUACCAGGGUCGGCUGCUGCAGGACCCAGCUCGCACACUGAGUUCCCUGAACAUUACCGACAACUGUGUGAUUCAUUGCCACCGCUCACCCCCAGGGGCAGCUGUUUCUGGCUCCUCGGGCUCCUUGACCCCCUCAGCCACUGAGCCAUCCAGCCUUGGUGUCAACGUGGGCAGCCUCAUGGUGCCUGUGUUUGUGGUGCUCUUGGGUGUGGUCUGGUACUUCCGUAUCAAUUACCGUCAGUUCUUCACAGCACCUGCCACUGUCUCCUUGGUAGGAGUCACAGUCUUCUUCAGCUUCCUAGUAUUUGGGAUGUAUGGACGAUAAGGACAUCCGGGAGACAAUGAAAGGCAUGGUCUUCCUCUUU